AUGGCUGUGCUUACACAGUCCAGUCUAUGGGACACUGUUCUGGAGCUAACAAAGGUGGCUCAAGAGAAGGGUAGUGAUCCUCUGAUAUGGGCAAUUCAGCUUUCUUCGUAUUUGAGCUCUGCUGGGGUGUCUCUGCCUUCUACUGAGCUUGCCAACGUUUUAGUUUCACAUAUUUGCUGGGAUAACAAUGUUCCCUUAGCAUGGAAGUUCCUAGAGAGGGCUUUAAUGCUUAAGAUCGUGCCUCCUAUGCUAGUCCUUGCUCUGCUUUCCACAAGGGUUAUUCCUAAUCGAAGUUCUCGGCCAGCAGCAUUUAGGCUCUUUAUGGAACUCCUAAAGAGACAUGCUUUCACUACUAAAUCUUAUAUAACUGUGCCGAAUUACCAAAAGGCCAUGAAAUCAAUAGACACUGCCCUCCAUCUUUCUCAAACAUUUGGUCUUCAAGCAAGUGAACCUGGCAUUCUUAUGGUUGAGGUUGUCUUUUCAAUUGUUUGGCAGUUACUUGAUGCAUCCUUAGAUGAUGAAGGAUUGCUGGAACUUCUUCCUGAGAAGAAGCAUCGGUGGGAAACUAAACCUCAAGAUGUGGAAGUAGAUGGCCAUGGUAGUUAUGCUGAGAAGAGGAUGGAACAUCAAGAUAGAUUGCAGAAUAUUAACACCGUGAUGGCCAUAGAGUUAAUAGGCCGAUUUCUGCAAAAUAGAGCAACUUCCAGGAUUCUUUACUUGGCACAACGAAACAUGCCCGCUCAUUGGGAAGAGUUCAUCCUGCGAAUACAGCUACUUGUAGAAAAUUCAUCUGCUCUGAGUAAUUCAACAAUUAUGACUCCAGAUGUUCUUCUGCAGUUGACAUCAGAUACUCACAAAUUUUUAUCUUCGGAAUGCAAAACAAGUUCACUGCAUGCGAUUAUGGCUUCUGGUUCUCUUGUUCCUUCUGCUGGUCUUUGUCAGGGAGCUAAUCGUUCUGCUCUUUGGAUUCCUCUUGAUCUGGUGCUAGAAGACGCUGUGGAUGGUUUUCAAGUUAGUGCAACAAGUGCCAUUGAAAUUAUUACUGGUAACUCGAAAUCCUACUUUAUCCUCAAAAUUCAGCUUGAUGAGAAACGGUGGUACUCUGUUCAAGCUGUGUCUAAUGGAAGAAAACUUAUGGUUCUAUAUGACAGGUUUGAUAAAGGCCCUCCAAGCAAUUAA